AUGACCCGGGCGACUUUGCGCACACUGAACGCGAAGAGGGAUUCAUCGAGGAGGUCGCUGAGCCCCUCUGAGAAGUAUGAUAAGAAUCAAUUUUUAUCCAUAUUCUACCCGAUCUGCAUUGGAGACGUGCUUGAUGAGAGAUACCGCGUUAAGCACAAACUCGGCCAUGGCGGCUUUACUACUAUCUGGAUGGCCCAUGACCUUCAGGGAAAAAGAUAUGUCAAUGGCUACCUGAAUGACCGCUACGAUGCAGUUGCUGGAGGCCGUGGAAAACCUACACAAAGCUGGAACUGUGCGCUGAGGCAAAGCAAGAGUCUGUCUUGUGCUAUUAUUCGCAUGGUAAUGUCCCUCCUUUCAGAUCCAAAUGAUAGUAAUUGUCUAUGGGGCAUGGUUCCUCUUGACCACCUCGGCAGGAAAGUGAAAUACGAGGCUUUGGCCUGGUGA